AUGGCGUUAGCCUUUGUCUUAUACGCUUGGGAAUUUUUAGUAGAAUUAUAUGGAUGUGUUUGUGCAUUCUUUGUGUUAUUAUGGAGGAUACUAGUUUUACUGUAUAAAGUUAUAUGUCUGAUAUUCACAGGAUUAGAAACACUUGCUGUUGUUUUGUGGACUGGUAGCUAUGUUACUGUUAAAACUUUAAAACAGUCAGUAGUUGAUAUUUAUGAUUAUUGUGACAUGACAUGGAAUCAUGCUGUGCAAAUGAUUGAAGACUUUACCAACAGUAUUUUUGCAUUUUUCUUUUCAAUUGGUAGUACAUUUAUUGUGAGUCUCCAGGAUGGUGUCAGCUUUGGUAUUCAAGGAGUUAGUCUUACAUACAACAGUGUGAUCAAUUGUGCAGUUGGUGUCCAAAACUUUAUUCUGAAUUUUUUAAACAAUAUCAUUUAUUUCUACACAUCUUAUUUACCAAGUCUAGGAAAAGAAACAUAUUUAGGAAUCCUUAUUUGCGGUUUGUUGUAUUUAGGAGUAUUCAAAUUAAUUUGUUAUUUAAAUCAUCGAGGUAUGAUAUUAUUCACAAGACAAAGAAACCAUGUAAAUUCAUUGAUGACCACUCCUUUGGAUAGUGACGAUGAUAUUCUAAUAAAUGAUCAGUACGACAGCGAAGGCACUGAUAGCAGUCAGUUUCAGGAUGGCACCGAUAUCAGUGACAAUGAUUCUGAUGCUAUGACAGAACAUACAAUUGAUGAUAAUGAUGAUGAGGAUAGUGAGGUGUCAUUAAAUUCACAGACUUUUUCAUCAUCAGAAGAUGAAGAAGAUAUUGAAGUAGAGCUUCCAGCGCCACAUUAUGGACUAAGAAAUCGUUCUAUGACUCCCAAAAGAUCAAAACGCUUGUCACCUGAUGAUUACGAACGGGAAAUUGAAAAAGAAAAAGAUAAAAGAAAAUGUGUUGUGUGUCAAGACAAAUCUAAAUGUGUUUUAAUUUUGCCAUGUCGUCAUAUGUGUCUGUGUGUGGAUUGUGCAAAUCAAAUUGUGAGAUCUAGAUAUGUUGAACGUCGAGUAUGUCCAUUGUGUCGUCAAAAAAUUCAGAAAGUAAUGAAUGUGUAUACAUAG